AUGAUUAAUGAUCACUUAUUUGAUUAUUCACAGGUUUCUUUGACGUAUACAGAUAUGCCCAAAGUCAAAGGUUUUAGAUUGUACAAUGUACUUUCUCAUCCUUGUGUUUUGGUAUUCUUCCACUUCUUUAUUUUGACUAUUUGUGAUGACGGGAAUGUCAUUUCAUAUAGCACAAAUAUGAAUCAACAGAAUAUUUUAAUUCCAAUUUCAAUAAAGACUUCAGACGUAUUUCGGAGUACAGCUACUUGUUCCUUUCUUAAAACACCUACCGCAUCUGAUACGAACGGUUUGUUCUCAGAAAUGUUGUUAUCAGAUUCUAAUCCAAGUGGAACCAUCACUUUCCGAUGCUCUCAAGCUGGCCAUGCAAUUCUUUUCUUCUGUCAUGAUAAAUCCAAUUCGAGUAUUUCGUUCUCAACUAAAAGUUUGAUCCAGUGUAGAAAACCUCCUGUUGUAUCUGUUGGUCCAAAGACAAUUCGUCUCCUGAAGAAACCAACUCCUUUUAAUCAGCGACUGAUUGUUCUAACCAGUGAGAUUGUUUCAGAAAGCAACAUUAUCGUGACAUGUCUGAAGAAAGGUGAAUCAGAUAUAUCAGUUUCGAUAAACCCUAUCACUGUAUAUUCUGGAACGUCAAAUGGAGUUGUGUCUGUUGCUAUUCAGUCAAUUUCCAAUGCUCAAUCGUUUACUAUUUCAUGUAGAGCACAAUCAAUUAAUGGUAGUCAGUAUAUGUCGGCAACAUCUGAGGGAUGCAGUUCAUCGAUCUCAUUAAUUAAUGGAGAGAUUAUCCUUACACCUAAUGAUGUGAAUUUGUAUAGUCUACAGUUUCAGGUUUUAUUGUUUCUGAAUGGAUUAAAUCAAGAUUUGGGAGUCCUUUGUAGCGUUAGUGUGGCUAACAAUGAAACACAAGCCAAUAAUUUACUCAGUGAUAAUACAUGUGGAACAGCAUCAACUAACGUUGCAACUUCAAACAACUGGUCUAUAACACCUUCUUUAAACGAAUUUAAGGCAUCAUCAAUAUCAAGUCGUACAGAUUCACUUACACGUUUACUUACGGUGAAACGUAACUCAUAUCCAACAAAUGAAUAUGAUAAUACAAUGGAAAUAUUAAUUUUAAAAUGUUGCAGUACUACAAAAAAUGCUACAAUGGAUCCAGCAUUUGCUAAUAUUGUAACAACAAGUCGAAUUAAUGUUCUACUUAAAUCUCGUUUAAUUAUUAAUAAAGGUGAAGAAUUACCAACAGAUCAAACAUUUCCCUAUCCUGAUCCUGUAUGGACGCAAAUUUCUCCUUGUCCCUGUGACCUAACCAUAAAUACAUGUGACCUUGGAUGUCCAUGCGAUAACAUUUGUCCUGUCAAUCAGUCUACAGUCAUUUCAGCAAGUUUUUUUGGUGGUUAUUUCAGUCUACCAAAUUAUCAUAGCUGUGAUGCAAUGUUAGAUCGAAUUGAAAAUGAAGAAAAUAAAAUUGAUUUAAUUAAUCGUGGUUUCACAAGAUUACCAGAUUAUCAUCCACUUCUAUGUGUUACUGUUGAUAAUAGUGCAGUUCUUGGAAAAUAUCACAGUUCACUUUCACCUGCUCGUAGUCUUAAUGACUUUAAUAAGAAUACUAAAAAUGCUAAAACUGAAUAUCCAUUAGAUCAAAUUAAUGAUUUGGGUGUUCGAGAAGUUAUUGUUGAUCAAAACAACCAAAAACAACGUUCAUAUACAAAUGGUGAUCCAUUACUUUUAAUGAUACAGCCGGUAAUUUUAACAACUUCAGAUGAUCCAUCUAUUCUCGUUAGUCAAUAUAAUGAGUAUUUUGUUUUACCCAAUGAAAUGAACUGUGAUUUAGAAUCAAAUAUUCCCGUAGAAUAUCUUUCUGAUCGAAUUACUUAUAGAUGUCCUAUUGUUUUGUCAGUCAUGCAAUGUCAAGACGCAAUCAAUAUAAAAAACAAUAUAGGGAUUGGCUGGGGACCGAGAACACUAUUGGACCGUUUAUUUGCACGUGCUUAUUUAAUUGAUGAUUUAGCAAUAUCAAGAAAUUCUGAAUCAAUAUUUCGUUUACGCAUGAAUCGUUUACGAGAUGAUACACCAGUCCCAGUAAAGGUGGAUUAUUUUUGUUUAAAGCAAAAUGAAUUACAGAACUUUACAAUGUCUUCUCAGUCAAAUGUUAAUGUAGAUCAAAUAAAUCAAACCGGUUUUUUCAAUCAUAACUGUACAUAUAAUGCAACGUCUAAAUCGACUUCAUGUAUCCCAUUACAAAAUUCAGUGAAGUCAAAUUACUUAGUCCCAACUACCUGUCCUUGGCAUAAUGAUUUCGAUCUUCCACCUGACAUUGAUUUAUCGAAUAAUAUAUGCAACAAUGUCGUAAUGAAAGUGGAUUAUAAAUUUGUAUGGUCCGAUGGAAGUAUACAAGAAGCAUUAGCUCAAGUAUAUAUGGCCAACUUACCUGUAACUAGCACUGAAAUAACAUAUUAUCAGGAAUAUUCUGUCAAAUUUAUUCAUACUACUGAAGUAGACAAUGAAAUUGACACAAAGCUACCGUCACAUCUUUAUGGUUAUGAGUUGGAUGAUUUAAUUGUAACUGGUCAAGUCACAUCAUCUUCUAUUCAACGUUUCCUAGUUCAAACGGAUGAUGAAACUAAUAUCAAAUCAGGUGUUAUAAGAACUGGCCCAGAUAUGUUAUGUGAAAAUUCAGAAAUCGAUCAGCUUAAGUUUGGUAAAACUGUGAUCACUUCCUGUCGUGUUCUUUUGGGUCUUAACGAUUUUACAAAUUGCGAUAAACUAAGAAGUCUUAUUAUUGCACGAUUAAAUCAAUUUAUACCAAGUGAAGUAAUUGCAACCUACCCACAAGCAUCUAAAACUUCACCAGAGGAUUGGAUUUUUAUACACAGAAAUGAUCCUGUUUUACAAUUAUCAACUGGAAACGAUAAUACAUCUUCUCUCAUUUCAUCAAUUGGCUUCUGUCCAAAUAUAACAUCUACUAUGUAUUUAAAAAUAAUCUCUGCAAUUCAAGGCAAAUUACAAGGUAUACCUUUAAGACAAAUUAUAUCUGCAUCAAUUGAAUAUUCACAAGAAGAUUGGCAAUUAUUAUGUGACUAUACAAUAUAUCCAUCAUUUUGUAGAAAUUCAACUAUCUUAAAUGAUGUACAAUAUUUUUAUCUUCGUAUAAUUGUUAUACAUUCUGAUAUAUCAGAUAAAGAAGAACAAUUAAUCAUAAAUGAACAAUUAAAUUGUGAUUUAGAUAAUUGUUGGAAUCAUGCAUUCUAUGCUUGGACAGGAUUAAUUAAAUUCUAUCAAUUAACUGGUAAAUAUGAGCAAACAUUUGAAAUUGGAGUAACAUUAGGUAUAUCAAGUUUGAUUAUCAUUAUUAUAUUUAUAACUAAACCUUUCUUUUGA